GAAAGAAAGUCAGCUUGUGUGGAGGUUGAGAAUCAUCCAAAGAUGGAAGAGUCUCAGUGUCCACCUCUUCUGCCUCCUGCUUCGCCAUGGCAGACUCAUGCAGCACUUCCUGUGAUCCCAGGACAGAAAUGAACAUCCAGGAAAUCAACCAGGAAUUGCGCGCGCAGCUGGCAAAGUGCAAACAGGAUUUCAGAGACCUCUGGGAGAAAUUCCUUAUGUCCCAAGCAACUUCCUACUCCCUGGCCAAUCAGCUACAGAAAUAUAAGGCCAAAGAGCAUAAGGACAUCCUGGAGUCUGUGCUGGGGGAGAAGCUGCAGUUUGAGGAGGAGGAGCUGGCAGAGAAGCCCGGAGCAGCUGCAGGGCUCGGGAGCUUUGAAUUCCUGAUUCAAUCCCAGGCACAAGAGUUAUCAAAGCUACGACAGAAAGUGGAGGAAGGGAGGCAGGUAUCCUUCCUACUCAAACAGCACUUUGAGGACCUCAUUACUCACAAUGACCCUGACAAGUACGAGACACAAAGCUUCCUUGGACAACUGGCUGAGGGACAUCAGAUGGCAAAGCACCUCGCCUGUAAACUCCACACAGAAAAUUAUGAGGAUGAAGAUGACAAAGAAGAAUUACUCGAUCCAAGUAGGCUCAGCAGUGAACUGGAAGACACAAUGGAGGAAGUCCUGCAGGACUCAGUGGAUGAACGUUAUUUGAGUCCUUCCAAUGACUACAACCUGUCUGAUUCCCAACAGCCUUCAUGCAGCACUUCCUCUCACUUUCAGCAACAUGGAGUCUGCUGUGUUUCAGAUGUAGCCACUCCCAGCUGGGAUGCCUGUCACCCAGGACCUAUGAUUGGAGCCUGGAGCAACUACAUGUCAGAUGUGCAAGCUUUGCAACUGCAGCUGAUGCCAAGCCCCCUUGUGAACAACUGGCUCCAACUGCAGCUGGAUCACCAGUGGAUUAGUGGUGAUUACACACCUAGGUUCAGCCCUUUCUCCAACAUCUGGAGCUUCACAGCCAAUGUCGACUCUGGAAACCAAUGGCCACCUUUUCAAGGAAUGAAAACCUCUCCCAAGCUGGUGUGUGAUUCUCUUGAGAGCUCAGCAGCUGACAAUCAUGGGAGUCAAGUCCUUGGCCAUGUUGACACCACCACUGACUUCAAACAGAAAAUUAUGAGAAGAAAGUUCCGUUUCCACAAGUGGAAGUUAGCAUGCAGAUUCCCUGGCCUUCAAAUUCAGGCCUAGAGGUACUAAGUACUUAUGGAAGGAACUACAAAUAUGUAUGAAACUUGAUUUUAAAAAAAAGAAAAAAAAAAAAAAAACCUUCUCUACCUGAUGAAAAAACUGUAAAACAACAUCUCAAGUUAAAUCCCACACAGACCCUUGGAGCCAUUCAUCAUUGGGAAUCAAUUUCAGAACUAUCAACCUCUCUGUACUUUGCAUCCAGAAGGCUCUAUCAACUAGAAACAUCACCCUCCUUCCAUCUUCAAAUGUGAUAAAUACCUAGGAGGACCAAUGCCACGUUUCACAGACAUGUAUGAGAGGCCUUAAUCCUUGCUCUUUUCCACCCAAACGUGUUUAUCACUGGAUUGAGGAGUAGGAGGAAGAAACAGCCAGUCAAAUUGGACAUUCUUUGACAGCAAAUGGGAUGUGCUAGGAAGCACACAUCUUUAAGAGUAUCAUGGUCUUGUGCAAAAUGUUUAACCUGAAUUUAAUUAUGAGGAAACUAUCAGACAACUACAGAAUCUAUUCCAUUCAACAAGACAACCUACCUGUCCUCUUCAAACAGCCAACUCCACAAACAACUACAACAAAAAGGUGUGGCUACAGUUUUGGUUCAAAGGUAAGGACUUACUUUGUAGUCGUUUUGAACCAAAAGUGUGUCCUCACAGUUUUCUUGUUGUUGUUCAUGGUGAUGUUGACUUUUUUGAAGAGGCCAGGUCAGGUUUCUCGUGUGAUGCUCUACAUUCUGAAGUUGCCUGAUUAUUUUCCUCAUAACUAAGUUCAGAUUCACAUUUUGGGUAAGAUUACUCAAUAAUUACCAAACGAUUGAGUGCCUCCUAGUUCAUCCUAUUAGCAGAAUGAUUGUCCAAUCACCUGUUCACCUUUGUUACUGUGAUCCAAGGUCUGGUCACUCGGGUAAGGAGGGGUCUGUCAGAUUUUGGCAUUUUACAGAUUCACUAUUUUCUUCAUAAUUAAGUAAUCUGGAGAGAGGUACUUGGAGAAUAUUGAAUAUCCUGUUCUGAAUAAUACUCUUCUAAACUUCUUAGCAUCUAUUGAUUAUCCCUGCUCCUUGAGAAUAACUAUGUUUGUGUUUGCAUAUGGAAAAAUUUCUAAUUUAUUCACUCUUUUAUUCUUCAAUUUGCUAUUAAUCUGCUGUAAGAAAUAGCUUUCCGUCAGCAUUU